AUGAUCAUCCGUGCCGUUACUUGCCAUGAUGUUGCGGAAGAUACGAAGCUUGUAUCCCGCUUGAAAUAUUUUUAUGAUAUUAUUGAUACAUCAGUCAAGCCCUUGCGCUUCUUUGCUUGGGUACCUGGUCUUGCAACUUUCAACAAGAUGUGCGCAUCUAUCAAGCUGUCCAGAAACGGAUCAACAAUGGCGUGCGAAGAAACGACACUCUUCAGCAGCUCCUUGACUCUGGGGAAAAAAGAUAUAAUGGGAAUGUUAUCAACCAUCCCUCUUGCCAGUUGGGAGUCUAAAACCCCGCAGCUGGAUCUCUGUAUUCAUGAAACACUCCGGAGAGCUCAGCCACAUACGGCGGUACAGCGUAACAUUGGACCUGACCUGCCAAUUGGCGCUUAUAAAAUCCCAUCCAAUGCCUUCGUCCUAUAUCCGUUCUCUGAUGCGGCGCUGAACCCCACCCUUUAUCCAGACCUAUUACGCUGGGAUCCCGGCCGCACAGUUGUCGACAAGAACGCAUUCAUCGGGUGGGGGGGCGGCACACACUUAUGCAAAGGCCAGCGUCUGGCCAAUUUGACCUUGAAGAUCAUAGUGGCCUACACUUUAAUGAAUUAUGACAUCAAUCUGGUCAAUAAUAAUGGCGACGUAGUCACUGGCCCCCCCGUUCCAGACUGGAAUAACUACUUAACAUGUCGGCCUACAGGCGAUUGCACGCUUUGUUUUACAAAGUGCAGACAGCCAACCUAUAACUUAUAA